GCUGUUACCUCCACUAGUUGUUCAUUUGAGGAAUGCCCCUGUUAAGCUGUAGUUUAGAUUUUACACUAUAGGUUUUAGAAUGAAGUUGGGUUCAAUUACUCCUCCACAACAAACACAAGACUGUAAGGGCUUCAGAUAUAUGCCUUGUUACAGAGCCCAAUGACUUUUCCUCCUCUUGUUCUUUCUAUCUAUCUCCCUCUCUCUCCCUUCCGCUCCCCAUCAGACAAGGAGUUUAAAGGUGUAGCAGAUGUUGCUAAUGUUGAUGACAGUGAGUGAGGAUGUUUUGACAGUUGUCUGCCUAUCAUGUGUACUUGUGACUCAGUGUGAGUGUGUGUGUGUGUGUGUGUGUGAGGAAAGCGCUUCUUAUUAUUGGAAUAUUGUGGUCUUUCUUUCCUUUCUUCCUCACAUCAGGAUAACAUUGGGCACCGGCUCCUUCAGAAACAUGGCUGGAAGUUGGGUCAAGGCCUGGGCAAAACCAUGCAGGGUAAGGUUUGUAGGACCUUCCCCACUGUAUGUUUGUGUGUAUGUUUGAGUAAGUGUGAGUGUGCGUGUGGGUGUUUUUUCUUGUAAAUAAUACAAAAUAACUCUCCCCCUUUUACAGUGUAGCCUAACGGCCUUUCUUAGUUCUUCUCUAUACGCUUACAAUCACUAAACGCUCUCUGCUCAAUACCAGCGCUACGAUUUGAAACUCAUACCAAAAUGGAAUCAGUAAAUAUUUUGAAGAAAUAUAUUGCCCAUUUUUUUCUCUUGAUUGUUCAGAAUUCACCCAUGUUAGAAUAGUACUUGUAUAUAUUAGUUUAAUGUAUGUUUGGCUGCGAUGGGGGUGUUUUGAUUGGCUGAGAAGAUGAGAUGGGGCCCUCUGAUUGGCUGUGAACAUGAUUCUGCCUCUUUCCCAUGAUUCCCCUGAAUGGCUUGCCAGAAUUAGCCUCAAUCUCCUGCCCAUUCUCCCCCCUCCUUCCGCCUUUGAUCGGUCUAUCUGCCUGCGUCCACUUUUGUGAAGUGAAUGUACACGUGGUACAUGUGGGAGUGGAAAUUGUAUGUGUUGAGAGUGUGUGUGUGUGUAUGUGUCACCAAAACAAGGGGUGGGGGCUCAGGUGUUUUAGCUUGCAGGGAGAAGUCUUCACACCAUCCCACCUGCAUCCCACUUCUCCUCUUAUAAAUGUACUUACUUGUGAAAGCCUCACCUGACCUGACCCAUCUCCUUCCCCCUCUCAUGCAGAGCAUGCUGGCUGUAGAGACCCAGUCUUGUGAAGCUGAGUUUUAAGCAAUGCAAGAGACCACAAAACGGAUUGGAAUUGAUUCUAGAUCAAUGGCGAGAUGAAAAUGACUGUGAAAUAGAUCUAGUCUUCUAAAGAGGCCAGAGUCCUGCUGGCUGAUAAGAAAGAUGCGCUGCUAAAAGCUCACUCACAGCGUAUGCUUCUCAUAGCUUGUACAGCUGCGUGAUGAAGUAUGUAUACAACAGCCUCUCUGUCUCAGAAACACAUUCACGUGGAGACUUGGACCCGCAUGGGGAUUGGAGAAAGGUGGAAAUGGGGAGGAGAGUGCUCCUUUUUGGAUUGAGUGAUGGUUUGAUACAUUUAUGUUCAAAGACAAUCAUAAAAGAGAGGGGAAACUCCUCCUUGCUUUGUCAUUGAGGAACCCAAAAGCCUUAAACUAUAGCACCAGAAAUUAGCAGUAAAAGAGGAGGAGAGUCAGGGAUGGUGAGAGGUUAUCCCUGUAAUCACCCAGGCCCAUUGGUAGGGGGUACACCAAAGCCCCUGCCCCCAAACCCACCCCUAACCCUUUACCCCUUACCCCUGAACGCUCUCUUUGUGCCUCAAUCUUCCUGCUUAACCAAUUGGUGUUUCUUUUUUGCAGCAUUAUGAUCCUGGCCAUGUUGUGCUGAUGGUAAACUUAGUGGACGAACUGACCCAGUGCCCAUCGUCCUCAAAUAUGACGUCAUGGGAAUGGGGCGAAUGGAAAUGGAGCUGGACUAUGCAGAAGAUGCCACAGAAAAGCGCCGGGUGUUGGAAGUGGAAAAAGAAGACACAGAGGAACUCCGUCAAAAAUACAAGGAUUAUGCGGAGAAGGAAAAAGCUAUUGCCAAAGCUUUAGAGGAACUGAGGGCCAAUUUCUACUGUGAACUGUGUGAUAAGCAAUACCAGAAACAUCAGGAGUUUGACAAUCACAUCAACUCCUACGAUCAUGCACACAAGCAGAGACUGAAGGAGCUGAAGCAGAGAGAGUUUGCUCGAAAUGUGUCCUCUCGUUCCAAAAAAGAUUGCAGAAAACAGGAGAGGAUGCUUCGGCGGCUUCAUGAACUGGCCGAACAGAGGAAACAGCAAGAAUAUGUCGCUGGUAGUGGACCUAUGUUUAAGACCACCACAGUGGCAGUAGAUGGAGAAAAGGGGGAAGACUCCAUGGAUGGUGUGCCUAUGACAGUGGAUACCAACACAGAGGCUAUUGAAGAUAAGGGAAUCUGUAGUGUUAGUGAUCAAGACUCCCCUAGAACAGGCCCUACCAUCAGCUUUGGGUUUAACAAGACUAGUUCUUCUCCAACACCCUCUGGAGGCUCACAGGCUCCCAAAGUCAGUGUAUCCUUCUCUUUUGCUAAGAAAGCCCCAGUCAAACUUGAGACAGUUGCAGCUUUCUUUGCAGACCAUGGUGAAGAGACAGUGGAAGGAGAAGAAGGUCAGGAAGAGGGAGGAGAAAAGACUGAAGGAGAUGACGUAUGUGUGGCAUCUACCACUGAUAUUCCCCAAGCAGGAGGUAGUGGUGGAGGAGGAGGAGGCGGCGAUGGCGUAGUUGGAGGAGGUGGUGGAGGGGUGGGUGAGGGUGAAGAAGAGCAGUCACAACCAGAUGAUGGAGCAGCCCUGGCCUCUACUUUGAACAAGCUGAAGAUGAUGAUGAAAAAGGAGGAAGGUUACUCUGGACAGGAGCCACAGUAUUACCAUUAUGUACCUCCUGCACAUUGUCGGGUCAAGCCCCAUUUCCAGUUUCUGCUUUUCAUGAAGGCUACAGACCAGUGUGAUAGCAAGGAGGAGGAGGAGGAUGGAGCGAAAGAUGAGAAGGAAGCAGCAGGUAACGCUGGAGAGCAAGUCAGCAGCUGCACAUCUGAAAAAGACACUGAGAAUGAACCUACACAGGCCCUAAACACAAAUCCCUCUUCCAUAUCAGCUGAAGUGAAGACAGUGGAAGAAUCAGGUAAUACGGCUGCAGGGCAAAGUGAUACAGCAGUAGUAGUUGGCACGUACCAACCAGCUGAUAACAAGCAAGGGAUAUCAGAGUCUCCAGACACAGGUCCACGCAUGGCAACUGGGCCUUUCUUUCCUGUGCUAAGUAAGGAUGAAAGCACUACCUUGCAAUGGCCUUCUGAAUUGUUGGAAUUUACCAAGGCUCAGCCAUCUCUCUCCUACAGUUGUAAUCCUCUUUACUUUGACUUCAAACUGUCAAGAAACAAAGGAAACUGGGCAAGCAAAAACAGCAAACCUGCCAAGGCAGUUAGCACUGAUGGACAAGAGGGGUCUAAGCCUGAAAACACAGACAGUACUCCUGACACUACUGGAGAGACUGCUACAACGGUUGCAGGACCCAGUACUGUUCAAAAAGAACAAUCAUCCUUAAAAGAGGGUGGUGCUGAGAGAAAGAACAAUGAGCAGAAAUUACAAAGUAAUGAAGAUGUGUCUGCAGGGUCUAAGAAAAAGAAAAAGAAGAAGAAACACAAGAAGUCAAGCAAGCAUUCCAAGCGUAAAGAAAAAGCAGCAGUGGAAGGGGAGUUAGAGAAUGAGACACCAGGAGAGAAAACAAAAAAGAAGAAGAAACAUAAAAGAAAGAAAAGCAAAAAUAAACCACGUGGCACUGAUGAAAUUGAAGCAGAGGGAGGUGGAAGUAAGGAAAAAGAGAAAGACAAGGAUGACAAAGAUGGAGUGUCCACUGCUCAGUCAUCAGAAAUAAGCACGUCCCUUGAGGGAGGAAAGAGAAAACGGUCCCACAAAAUGGCUCAGUUGUCUGGAGUUGAGGAAAGCAGUGCGGGAAAGCCUAGCGCUAAAGAGGAACACAAUGGUACUAAACGUCUUAAAUCUGACACCAACACACCUGCUGCUUCCUGCUCUGCCUCAGCCCAAAAGAGCUUAAGUGGAGGUCGACCUCCAAGCAGUGACAGUGAGGAAGAUGGUGGAUCAUCCUCUCAACGUUCACGACCAGCUCGCCGUCGCUCCACACCACAACGCGAGCAGCGCAGACACCGCAGUGAUGAUUCUGGACGAUCACGUAGUAGGUCAUCACGUCGAGGAGACCACAACCAUAGACGCCACAGAGGUCAAAAGUCACGCAGUCGAUCCUACUCAAGUAGCUCAGAGCGUUCCUCAGCAGGGAGCAGUGCUUACAGUCGCCGUAGCCGUAGCUACUCAGACAGUUACAGUGACUACAGUGAUGAAAAACGUCGCCACAGAUCAAGAAUACCCUCCUCAGACUCAGAUUAUGAGAGGCGUGAUAGUGGGCGAUCUCACAGGCGGCAUUACUCCUCCUCCUCUUCAGAGGAAGACUCGCGUUCACGUUCACGCUCACACAGCCGCAGGAAACAUCAUCGGCGGAGACACCAACGGAGCAGUAGUCGCAGCUCCAGUCGUAGUAGCAGGAGUAGCAGCGCCCGUUCCUACAGACGUAGCAGCUACAGUCGCAGCCGUAGCUCUGCCAGUCGUUCAUCUAUCUCCACCAAGGGCUCUCCACAUCGACAUGGUCACAGCCGGCGAUCUGACAGCUCAACACAGCGACGGGAUUUUAACCGAUCCAGAAUCUACCGUUCCCAAUCUCCUAGGUCCUCUUCCCGCACACAUACCCGAAACAGCAACUCUUCAUCGGCACAAGGAACUAGAAGUGGUGGUGGAGCUUCCUCAAAGGAGGGUGGAGGUGCUGCAGAACAUCGAAAUUCAUUCACAGCUCGACAACUCUUGGAGAAAAUCCAAUCUAGAAAAGGAGGGGAUGAAUCUGGUACUGGCACUAAGACAGGCAUCAAGAUCAAGGACCCUCCACAGGGAUACUUUGGGCCCAAGCUCCCCCCUGCCCUUGGAAACAAAAGUAUGUUGUCUCUUUUUGGCAAGCUCCAAGCAGGAAAGAAGCCACCAUUUCUUCCUCUUACACGUUUAACUGAGGGCGCAAAGUCUGAACAGGGGAAAAAUUCUGAUAGUAAUGAAGUAAUCCUGGUAGAACCCAUUCGUGAGUUUCCCCCACCUCCUCCUCCACCUCAGCCACCAGUUCAACAACAGCAACCACAACAACAAAAGCAGCCAUUGGAAGAGGCUGUAUCAAAUGCUGCAGUGUCCGAGGAGACCAGACAUGCGCCCUCAGACCCUCCAGCCCUCCAUGAGUCUCAGCCACAAUAUGAACAGGAUCCAGGAAUGAUGAUGUCGCAAUACCAAGGUGAGCAAAUACAAGACUCCAGUAACCCCAUGUUGGACGGGCAUCUAAUGGGGCCCGACAUGGGACCGCAGCCUACUAUGCACGCCUACCCUGGUUACCCCCCUCCCACAAUGGAGGAUGGGGACAUGGGCAUGGAAGCUGAAGAGGAUGGUCUUGCACCAUUAGAAAGUCAACCAAUCACCUUUACCCCAGAGGAAAUGGAGAAAUACAGCAAGUUACAGCAAGCAGCUCAACAGCACAUUCAACAGCAACUGUUGGCCAAGCAGGUGAAGAGCUUCCCCUCAGCUGCAGCUGCUGCAGCUGCAGCUAACUUGGCAGCAGCGGCUAACCUUGCCCCUGCACCGCCGCCACCACCAGCUGCACUGCAGCCUAUGCACAUCCAGCAACCCUCAGUUUCUGCAGCUUCUGCUACCUCUAUUACCACAGUACAGCAUGCCAUCCUGCAGCACCACGCUGCUGCCAUGGGCCUUCAUCCUCAUACCCAACAUCAUCAUCAUCACCACCCUGCCCAUGCCCAGCUAGCCCAGGUGCACCACAUACCUCAACAUCAUCUAACCCCUAUCUCCUUGUCACCACUGGGCCAUUCUUUGGGCCAUUCACUGGGUCACUCUUUAGGACACACUGGCCUGAUUCCAGCCCACCACACUGCCUUCCUUUCAGGCCAACCAAUACAUAUUAUACCAGCCUCUGCCCUUCAUCACACCCCUCUUGCUCUACACCAUUUCCCCCAUGCCCUCUACCCAACGCUCUUUGCCCCUCGGCCAGCCUCUGCUGCGGCAGCAGCUGCCCUACAGCUACACCCACUUCUGCAUCCUAUUUUUGCAGGGCAGGACCUUCAGCACCCUCCAAACCAUGGCUCCUGAAUAUCGGCUCCUCUCAAAGGGAGGGCCUGGCCAAGCAGCGUGUAAGGCUGAAGAGUUUUAGCUAAUGGGUGGCACAGUCUGGCGACCCAUAGUCCUCUUCUGUCCUCUACGUCCUUAGGGUGACCUCAACAGGGCUGUUUAAGAGUGCAUUUAAAUUGAGGACAGAAUAAGAUCUUGUCUGCCUUUUGAGAUUGUAAUGUUAUGAAAUUGUAUGUCCUGAACCAGGAGCUAGGAUGGCUGUUUGAGGUAUGUAACACCAUAUAUAUACAUGUAUAAAUAUUCCCCCAAGGAGUAUGAGUUGGUUUAUAGGCCAAGACAUAGCUCGUACAACUAGGAAACCACUGCUGGCGUAUUGUUUCAUUUUGUGUGGUGUCAAUUUUUUCCCCAUUUUUCUGAUAUGUUUCUUGUAUCCAGAAGCUCUCUUGCUGAAGCCAUAAUCAAAAUCUUUGUUGUGGGCUUUUAGCGUGGUUGUAUACAGAUGGUAAUGGGUGGUCUUUAAGGGUCACUUUUGGAGACUUGAUUUUCUGUGUACUAAGCAUUCAUGAAAGUUGCAGAGUUUAUGAACUAACUGAUACAAUAUGCAAAGAUACAAUUAAGCCUGCUAUUCAAAAACCAGGCUGUGAAAAACUGACGAUUGGUUUGCUGUAGGAUUAUCAUAAUAUUUGGUAAUUUUCAGAUCAUACCAAUUAUCAAAAACCAUUGUACUAUACUCUGAUCAAAGGGUAUCAAAAAACAUGAACAAGAUGAUUAAAAUAAAAGCCAUACUCAGCACUGAACAGUGUUAAGCUAUUUUUGCUGAUUGGUUGUAAAUCAAUAUAAAUUAUUUGAAAAUAGUGGAUGAAACAGACAUCACACAUGUUGAUGUCAAAAGUUUUUAUAAUGUCACAGGCUGUUGAAACUGUAUAACAAGUUACACUUUGGGAUUUGAAGGUUCCCAUCCCUUAUUGAAAUUGUGAAAUCUUGCACUGAAAAGAUGUACAUUGAGAUGCGAUUUUUGCAUCUUGUAACAACUGUAUGAUUGUAGUAUUCUGCAAUAAUUUUUAUUUCUAUUUGAUUUUAAAUUAUUUUCUUUGGAAAAUGUUUUCUUUCUGUACACUUAGUUAAAUGUAAAUAAAGUUAACGUAGUGAAACUGUAAAAUAAAGGUUUGUAACACCCAUUUAAAAAUGCUAAUAAAAAAAUAAUGACAUUAAAAACGUGGGGGAAAAACUUAUGUAAACAUGAUCAGGGCUGGUACUACAGAGGUUAGGAGUGUGUUUGAACUGUGGAGGGACAGCAGAAUGUGGCUAAACUGUUUGGUGACGUACUGUAAAUGGCAGCAAUGACAUUAGCUUUUUUUAAUUCCUCAAUGCAUCAGCAAAUAAAGACUUUGACUUGUAA